AGGAGUAUCCAUCUACUUAGCCCACAAAAUAUCUAAACUUUCAGUCCACAGUCUCCUUUAUUUGUGGAUAGACCGCUGCUUCAAACUCUCAUCUUCAUAAGCUUUUCCCAUUGGACUCUCUCACUCACUUGUUCUGCUCUUGGGAGUUCUCGGUUGAGUUAACAAGGUUUGAUGAAAUCUGAAGCUGUGUCGCUUUCUUGAUCAAACGUAUGUUAUGUGAUGUUCUUGGUCAUCACCUUAGAGUUUUCUGCAAACCUUUAAAAUGAAGCGCCACUACCUGCUGACCCUUGUCUGUUUUUGGGCCAUUACAUGCUCCUUAAUUCCUUCAUCAGAUGGUCUGAGGAGAAUUGGAUUGAAGAAGAGGCUUCUGGACCUUUCCAGGUUUAAAGCUGCCAGACAGGCUACAUUGGAGGGGAAAUACGGGACGAUUUUGAAAGAUAGACGGAUCAAGCUAGGUGAUUCUGAUGAAGAUAUUGUCUAUUUGAAGAAUUACAUGGAUGCCCAAUACUAUGGACAGAUUAGCAUUGGCUCACCUCCUCAGAAUUUCACUGUCAUAUUUGAUACUGGAAGCUCUAAUUUAUGGGUUCCCUCCUCAAAAUGCUAUUUCUCUAUCGCAUGCUAUUUCCACUCGAGAUAUAAGGCCAGCAAGUCCAGCACAUAUACAAAGAUUGGAAAGCCUUGCUCAAUUCACUAUGGCUCGGGUUCAAUUUCUGGAUAUUUUAGCCAAGACAAUGUUGGAGUUGGUGAUGUAGUGGUCAAAGAUCAAGUGUUUAUUGAGACUACACGGGAAGGAAGCCUUACCUUUGUCCUGGCCAAGUUUGAUGGAAUACUCGGGCUUGGUUUCCAGGAAAUUUCUGUUGGCGAUGCAGUACCAGUCUGGUACAAUAUGGUAGAUCAAGGUCUUGUUGAUGAGAAGGUAUUUUCCUUCUGGCUUAACCGUGAUCCAACGGCAGAAGUGGGAGGUGAGAUCAUCUUUGGUGGAGUUGAUCCAAAGCACUACAAAGGAGAUCACAGUUAUGUUCCUGUAACAGAAAAGGGGUACUGGCAGUUUGAAAUGGGCGAUUUCCUCAUUGGGAACCAGUCUACCGGUUUCUGCGAGGGUGGUUGUGCUGCUAUCGUGGAUUCUGGGACAUCUCUGCUCACUGGUCCAACUACUGUUGUGACUCAAAUCAACCAUGCCAUUGGGGCAGAAGGGGUCGUGAGCACCGAAUGUAAAGAAAUAGUCUCUCAAUACGGAGACAUGAUAUGGGAUCUACUUGUAGCUGGGGUAGAACCCAAGAUAGUUUGCUCGCAGAUUGGUCUAUGCUAUUCUGAUGGAGCUCAGUCUGUGAGCUCAAAUAUUGCAAUGGUUGUUGAUAAACAAACCGAUAAGGGAACAUCAGUUGGUGAAAAUCCAUUAUGUACGGCUUGUCAGAUGGCUGUUGUUUGGAUGAAAAAUCAGCUGAAUAAUCAAGAAGUAAAGGAGAAAGUGCUGGAUUACGUGAAUCAGCUCUGUGAGAGCAUACCAAGUCCAGGUGGAGAGGCGCUGAUCGACUGCAAUGCCAUAUCAAGCAUGCCUAAUGUCACCUUUACCAUCGGUGAUAAAGCUUACGUUCUCACUCCAGAGCAGUACAUUCUUAAAACUGGUGAAGGUCCUGCUGCUAUUUGCAUCAGUGGAUUCAUGGCUUUGGAUGUAUCACCUCCUCGAGGCCCUCUGUGGAUUCUUGGAGACGUGUUCAUGGGCGUUUAUCACACGGUGUUCGAUUAUGGCAACCUCCGACUGGGUUUUGCUGAGGCUGCCUAAAUUCCCACUAGUCAUCAGUUGUUUUUUGCGGUAGGCUAAGGGCUGUGUAAUUUAUGUAAGGAUGUGCCACUUUGUAUUGUGUUCUGUGGUGCUCCCCUCGCCUGUGGAUUCUGCUGAACUGAAAAUAGAGGCACUAUGCCUUUGCUAUCUCAUAUGGGACAGGAUUGCAUCCUGUCCGUUUUAGUGUAUUAUGUAAAAGUUUACAACGUAAUGAAACUUGCGGUUUUCAGGAAAA